GGAGCAUGAGCAGGCUGAAGGAUGUUUGAUAAGUCUUUAUUUACAGGAGGCAUGUCAGAUGGUAUGACUAGAGUGAGUGCUGAGCAGAGAGCCGACAGGAAUUAUGCUCUGGAAACCAGCCAGGGCCACUAAUCCAAGAAACAAGCGAGUGAUAGCAUGCUGUGUUAAUUUGCUUGUCCGAGGGAAAACAAGGUCUUAGUCUGAGCAGAGAGACAUGAGAAGGUAACAAAUCCUCUGACAUCCCCAAAUGCUCAGAGGGCAGACAGGUAACCAGGUGUGAGUUGCAUUGGAAGGUAGUUUUUAGCUGAAACUGAAGGAGCUGAACCCUCCUGGUGCCUGUUGGAGACUGAGAAAACGUGUCUUAACUUAAACAGAAUGGAUCAUUCAGACAGUCCUGCAUCCCACCGAAAGGCCAAGAUCAUGUUUGGUCUGAAAGUGAAGAAGAAGAGGAAAGUCAACACUGACCUGGUCCUGGAAAACAAGGGAGCUGUGGACAGUGAGGCGGAGGUGCCCUCUGAUGUGACUGUCCUGCUGGAGGGAGAAAAGCUUGAGGAUCAACCUGGAAGCUCCGCGGUCAGAACCAGGAUAAUACCAAACAAUAAGAGGGCCAAGCUGAAAACUCGCAUCCAGGACAGUGAAGGGAAACCACAGAGCUUCCAGAUUGCCAUUAACAUCACAGAGGCCAGGCAACUGGUGGGAGAAAACAUCGACCCCAGUGUGGUGAUCGAGAUUGGAGAUGAGAAGAAACAGACGUCAGUCAAAGAGGGAACCAAUGCUCCUUUUUACAAUGAGUAUUUCGUGUUUGACUUCUUCGCCCACAAAGAGGUCUUCUUCGACAAAGUCAUCAAGCUGACGGUGAUGCAUUCCAAAAUGCUGAGGAGUUUCUCUAUCGGGUCCUUUAAGCUUGAUGUGUGGACAGUCUACAAACAGCCAGGUCACCAGUUCAUCAAUAAGUGGGCAAUGCUGACCAAUCCCGGUGACAUUAGCACUGGGGUCAAAGGUUAUGUCAAGUGUGACAUCAGCGUCUCAGCAAAGGGCGAUGCCAUGCAGCCAGGACCAAAAGCCAGUGAUGCCGACGAGCAGAUAGACAAGAACCUGCUGAUACCAGAAGGUUUUCCCGCGGAGCGGCCCUGGGCUCGUUUCUGUGUGAAGGUGUAUCGCGCUGAAGGCCUUCCACGGAACAACUCCAGCAUCAUGGCCAACGUCACCAAGGCCUUCAUCGGAGACAACACAGCACUCAUAGACCCAUAUGUAGUGGUCAGCUUCUUUAAACAAGUGGGUCGCACGUCCACUCAGAAGUCCACAGCAGACCCGGUGUGGAACGAGCAGAUCGUCUUCACAGAGAUGUUUCCUCCGCUGUGUCAGAGAUUGAAGAUCCAGGUCUGGGAUGAGGGAAGCAUGAAUGAUGUUGCCAUUGGAACCCAUUACUUUGACUUGAGACGCAUUUCCAAUGAACAGGAUGGUGACAGAGGGUUUCUACCAACCUUUGGUCCUGCUUGGAUUAACCUCUACGGCUCUGCCCGAAACUUUUCAUUAGGAGAUGACACAGGGGAGCUAAAUGAGGGCAUCGGAGAGGGAGUGUCCUACAGGGGUCGGGUGUACAUGGAGCUGGCGGUGGAGAUCCUAUCAGGAGGGACGGGGACAGAGUCCAAACUCAUCCGAAUAGUCAAGCCUGUGAAGGACUCUAAAGCAGGAAAAGCUGGAGGGAAGGACGGCAAGACUCCUGCAGGAGGAGCCGCAGGAGCUGCAGGUGGAGCUGCUGAUGAUGACAAAGGAAAGGCUGUGGCACCGGAGGUCCUGCCAGUGGAAUCUCCUCCUGGGUUGGAUGCAGACAACAUGGAGAGCUUCCUGCUGUUUGGGGCGGUGUUUGAUGCCACCAUGAUCGACAGGAAGAUUGGAGACAAGCCAAUUAGCUUUGAGUUUUCACUAGGUAACUUCGGUAACGUCCUGGAGCCUGCAGGUAUCACUGCCCCCAGUCCUGCUGUCAGUCGGAGGAGAAGAGGUCUGGACAUCCAAGACAGCAGUGACAUUUCGGGCUCCUCCACUCUGAGCUAUUCCCCUUCCUCCCCGGCAUCCCCACUCCUGCCCAGAGACCCUCAGGACACCACCUUGACCUCCAAGUCCAUCACGACUCCAGAGAAACCGCUCAUGGUCGAAGGAAACAGGUACUACAUGUAUCUGCCCCUGGAGAAGCAGAAGCCAUGUGUUAAUGUACUGAGUCACUGGGAGGACAGAACGUACCGACUGUUCAACUCAAAUAUGCUGGAGAAUAUAGCUGUUCUCUUUGAGGAGGGUGUAGCCAGCGCAGCUGCGCUACACAAGAAGUCAGAUCCAGGAGCUGAGCAUGCACUCAAAACAGUCCUCAGAGAAUUCUGUAUGGAUGCCAGGAGUUUCAUAGCAACAGCAGAGGCCAAGUUGAAAGCGGAGCUAAAGUCAAGUUACCUGACACAGCUGGACAAGAAGCGCCUCACCAUGUGUAAACAGGAACUGGAGUGUAUGAUAGGAGAGGCCCAGUCCUUGGGAGACAGGAAGAGAAAAGCCGGUGGUGUGAAAGAAUUGCUGCAGGAUGCAACAAAACUCACACAUAAACUACACUUUCUUGUGGAGGAGCCCCAGCACACUGUGCCCGACCUCUUUGUGUGGUUGGUGAGCAACAACAAGCGUGUUGCAUACGCUCGGGUCCGAACCAGAGACCUGCUGUAUUCUAGCAACCGAGAAGCCCGAGGAAUCCACUGUGGCAAGAUAAUAACUCUGUUUCUAAAGCCUCCAGGGAAGCGUGUUGCAGGCUUGUCAGUCCAAGCAAAGUUGGAUGUGUAUCUGUGGUAUGGAACCUGCUCAGACUCCAGCCACAUGCUGGACGACAUACCUGCGGGAUUCAGUCCGGCCACAGGGGGCGCCGACGCCAGCAGCCCUCCAAAGUACCUGCUCAGUGCAGAACAGCAUACGUUCCAGCUGAGGUGCCACAUGUAUCAGGCUCGUGGUCUGAUUGCUGCAGACAACUCAGGCCUGUCUGACCCUUUUGCUCGAGUCACCUAUCUGUCACACAGCCAAACCACCAAUGUGAUCAGUCAGACUCUAAGUCCAACAUGGAACCAGUGUUUGCUGAUGAGCAGUCUGUUGCUGAGUGGAGAUCUGCAACACAUCGAGCAGGAGCCGCCACGCAUUCUCAUCGAGGUGUACGACGACGACGCGCUGGGUAAGGCGGAGUAUCUGGGAGCCACAGUGGCGGUGCCUGAGGUUCGCCUGUCCUCUGACCCCUACACGCCUCCACUUCUGCAGUACAGCCCUCUGCACUGUGGCAGCCAGUCAGGAGGAGACCUGCUGGGUGCAUUUGAACUGCUGCAGAUCCCAGAGUCCGGAGAGCAGAGCCUGCCACCGCUAGAGGAACAAGAAGGAGGAACCUACACAGUUCCUGCCAACAUCAGACCUGUCCUCAGCACCUACCGACUGGAGGUGUUAUUCUGGGGUCUGAGGGAGCUGAAGAAGGUUCAGCUGCUGUCCGUCGAUCGCCCGCAGGUGUUUAUAGAAUGUGCAGGUAAAACACUGCGUUCCUCCGUCAUACAGAAGUACAAGUCCAACCCAAACUUCAGCACACUGGUGGAUGCCAUAGAGCUGGAGUUACCAGAGAACGAACACCUCCAUCCUCCUCUCAGUGUCACUGUUGUUGAUUGGCGGGCCUUCGGUCGCAGCACGUUGGUUGGAAACCACAUCAUCAACAACCUCAAGGCCUUCAAAUACACUCCACCUCCAGCCCUGCCUGCUCCCAUGCAGACACACCAACCUCCCAAGGUGGAAUACACCCCUGAACCAGCACUGACACCAGAGCCACAGAGCACCGAGGGACUGUCCGAGCAUGCUGGAGAGACCAGUGCGACUGUAUCACUAACAAAUCAGGACUUCCUCAUCACUGUGGAGGAUGAAGCCCCACCUCAAGCCCCGCCCACACCAAAGCAGGAAGGACCCAGGAAGAAAAAGGACAGCAGAAUGAAGACCACACGUGGUCGUUCAACCAAGCGGAGGAGGAGGACCAUCGCUGACGAAUCAGCAGAGUGUGUCAUCGACUGGUGGUCCAAAUACUAUGCAUCUGUAGAGAAAGAGGCCAAACAGAAGGAUGGCUCUCCAUUCCCCCAGGUCUUUGAAAAAGCUUUGCCGUACCAGAGCUUGCUCAGCGCUGGAAUAGACUCCUUGGUCACCAGCUCGGAUGGAGAUAAAAAGAAAAAGCAGAAAGGAAAAGGAACCCUGGAGCUAAGCGUUGGUCAACCUACUAAGUUAGCCACGCUCAAGCUGUACAACAGGGAGCUGGAGUCAGAGUUCGGGCCUUUUGAUGACUGGGUGAAAACAUACGAGCUGUUCAGAGGGAAAGCCAGCGAAGAGGAGGGGGCGACCGAGGAGAGAUUUGUUGGCAAAUUCAAGGGACGAUUCUGCCUGUAUAAACUGUCUGAGGAUGAUGCAGAGGACUGGGACGAAGCCGGUGACGCUGGGCACUUCAGAGUCAACAGAGGAAUCCCUCCCAACUGCCCAGUCCAAGUUCUCAUAAGGGUUUACAUUGUCUCUGCAUCGAAUCUGCAUCCAGCUGAUCCAGAUGGGAAGGCGGACCCUUACAUUGUUCUUCGACUCGGCAAAGAUGAAAUCAAAGACAGAGACAACUACAUCCCUAAACAGCUGAAUCCUGUGUUUGGAAGGUCAUUCGAGAUGCACGCAAAGUUUCCUCAAGAGUCUCUGCUGUCUGUGCUGAUCUAUGAUUAUGACUUGGUGGGAGGGGACGACCUGAUAGGAGAGACUCGCAUUGACCUGGAGAACCGGUUCUACAGUCGGCACAGAGCUACCUGUGGACUCCCGGCUGAGUACAGCCUUGACGGUUAUAAUGCCUGGAGAGACUGUCUGAAGCCGUCUGAGCUGCUGUCCAAGCUGUGCAGAGAGAACGGUCUUGAAGAUCCUCAGUUCAGACCAGGACGCAUCACUGUAGCUGAAAAGGUUUUCACUGGCAAGACACUCUUCAUGCAUGAAGAUGAGCCAGUGGAGUCCUAUGAGCACCUGUCUCUGAAGAUCCUGCAUCGCUGGGCAGAGAUCCCAGCUGUGGGAUGCAAGCUGGUGCCAGAACACAUCGAGACCAGAACGCUAUUUAACAAAGCUCGGCCUGGCAUGGACCAGGGCCAGGUCCAGAUGUGGGUAGACAUGUUUCCCAUGGACUUGCCUCAUCCGGGACCUUCGGUGGACAUUUCACCUCGAAAACCAAAAGGGUAUGAGCUGCGUAUCAUCAUCUGGAACACAGAAGAUGUGAUUCUGGAGGACAGCAACUUCCUGACCGGCCAACAGUCCAGUGACAUCUACAUCAAGGGCUGGCUGAAAGGUUUGGAGGACGACCGGCAGGAGACGGAUGUCCACUACAACUCUCUGACAGGAGAAGGAAACUUCAACUGGCGCUUUGUGUUCCCCUUCAACUACUUGCCUGCUGAGAAGGUGGUAGUGGUGAGGAAGAGAGAGAGCAUUUUCUCUCUGGAUAAAACCGAGCAGAAGCUUCCAGCCAUCCUCAUUCUGCAGGUCUGGGAUUUCGAGACACUGUCCUCUGACGACUUCCUAGGCACAGUGGAGUUAGACCUCCACGGUUUCCCUCGGGGGGCAAAGACGGCAAAGUCGUGUAAGGCGGAAAUGUUGUCGGAAGGGCUGGAUAGAAUCUCCAUCUUCCAGCAGAAGAGAGCGAGAGGCUGGUGGCCCUUCAGCAAGUCUGGAGAGCUGACGGGGAAAGUGGAGGCAGAGUUCCAUCUCGUGACAGCUGAGGAGGCGGAGAAAAAUCCGGUUGGCCGCGCCCGCAAAGAGCCCGAGCCGCUGCCAAAACCGAAUCGUCCGGACACCUCCUUCUCAUGGUUUGUCAAUCCUUUCAAGUGUUUCUUCCACUUGGUGUGGCGAAGCUACAAGAAGUACAUCAUCAUCGCCCUGGUCCUGCUCAUCACAGUGCUGUUCCUCGCCCUGCUCUUCUACACACUGCCAGGAGCCAUCUCACAAAAGAUCAUCAAUGGAUGACACACACACACACACACACACACACACACACA